GACAUCAACAUUGAAGACAACGCCAUAUUGCAAAUGGUGAAGUUCGCUGCGUGUGAGCUGCUUACUUGUGUCGUGUAGCGUGAGAGAGAGAGAGGGAUUUCAGUAUCGUUUAUUAAAGGAAACAAAAUUAAGAAAAAAAUGGGACGAUCAAGAAGUCGUAGUCGAUCAACAAGCAGGACGAGACACCGUGCAAAACACAAGAAAAGGCGCACUAGGUCACGUUCGCGGUCUGCGUCCAGAGAUCGCAUCCAUAGCAUAAGUCGGCAUCACAGUAGCAGCAGAGUACAACGCUCUCGGUCUAAAGAUAGAAAACGAGUUGCCAGGCGGCGAUCAUAUUCUUCUAGUAGUUCAAGUAGUGAUGAAGAUCUUAUUAUUCGUGCUAAACGUCGGGAAGAGGAGGAAAAGAAAGCUGAAUUGGAAAAACAGAGAAUUUUAAAACAAAAGGAACUGGAAGAAAAAUUGAUAGAAGAGGAAGUAGCUAGGCGUGUAGAAGAGCUUGUGGCUAAAAGAGUUAAUGAAGAGCUUGAGAAACGUAAAGAUGAAAUUGAAGCUGAGGUGAUGCGACGGGUAGAAGAAGCAAAACGAAUAAUGGAGAAACAAAUGCUUGAAGAAUUAGAAAGACAACGCCAAGCUGAACUUGAAGCACAACGUCAAAAGGAGGAAGAGGAGCGGAAAAAGCGAGAGGAUCUUGAACGCAUAAUGGAAGAAAACAAUAAAAAAAUUGAAGAAGCUCAAAGAAAAUUGGCUGAAGAGCAGUUGAAGCUGGUUGAAGAACAGCGAAAAAUUUUGGAAGAGAAACAGAGAAUGGAAGAGGAGGAAAGGAAACGGGUGAAACAAGAACAAGACAGAAUUUUAAAUAAGAAAAAUGCUCGACCAAAAUUAUCGUUCAGUUUGGGAAAAUGAAAGACUAAAAGACUGGUGUAAUGUAAGAAAAUCUAAAAUUAGAAAGUUAUUUUGUGUAGGCAAUGUUGACAAUAAGAUACAAAUUAAGGAUUUGGUUAUCUUUAUGGAGAGCUGCUAAAGUAAAAGAUUUAAAAGAGACCUGGAAUAAAAUUGCAGACUAUACUGCAAGUUCUAUUUACAGAUGUCUUGGAAAAGGGAAGAAAUUUUGAUUGUGUUUACUGCAUUGCAUUAUUCAUGAACUUUUUUUAAAGCGUAAGAACUUAAUAAGGUUUUUAAAAUCUGGUCUUCCUUAGAAAAAGAUCCCCUUUUUCUCUUGAUGAUUAUUUUUCAAGAGAAGGAUUCAUAAUCUUAUCAGGGAUUAGUCGUCAUGGAUUAAAUAAAAGAAACAUUUUUUUUUAUCCCUAACACCAGUUGAAAAAAAAAAAAAAA